AUGUCCAGCCAACAGCAAGUAGACCCUAAGAAGCAGCAGGGUAAGAUGGACCCAGACUCAAAUACGGAUGAAACUACACAAUGGCUGACAUAUUUCUCCACAAUAGAGCUGCAGAACCAGUACACCAACUUCAAGAACACCCUUCAACAACUAGCGCAAAAGAUCGGAGACAUCGAGCAAGAGGCUGAGGAGCACAAACUCGUCAUCGAGACAUUGGACCCUCUUCCCGAAGAUCGCAAAUGCUUCCGCAUGGUUAACGGUGUCCUGGUCGAGCGUACGGUCAAGGAGGUUCUGCCGACCCUUAAGACGAACUCGGAUGGCCUGAAGCAGGUGCUGGAGGAUAUGCUGAAGCAAUACAAGUUGAAACAGACGGAGUUGGAUAGCUGGAAGAAGAAGAACAACAUCCAGGUUGUGCAGCCCUGA